CGCUGGCCUCUGGGUCGCUCCGGAUCGCUUCGGCAGCUGCUUCUGCCUCCUCCGCCAAUAUUUGCGAACCCUAUUGACUGGAGGUUGACACGAAAUACCGACUUUAUUAAGGUGUUACCCCAAAACGACCGUAGCCAUGGAGACGCGCAACGUCGUCACAUAGAAAGUGGCACACGACAACGAAUUCGAACAGGUUAGGGAGACAAAUCUAUAUGUUUACACUACGUUGUUCGUUUCCAAAAUUGCUAGUUUUAGUAAGUUUAAGUGCAUACUUUUGGCUCAUUUGCUACCAAAGUGACAAACCAAUAUAUCGGCGUACAUUAUUUUCACUAGAAAGGAUAUUUGAAUAACCAAUCAUUCUGGGUGUACUCAAGCGGCAGUUGCGAUGUGGAUCGCCCAGUUAUUGUUAUUUCUUAUGAACAACGGUAAAUUAAAUAAGGCAAAGUAACAAAAGCAAAACAUACAAAAAAAAGUUCAUGCUCCUAGAAUAUACUGAAAGUGUUGGAAACAUCGUACCAAAUCUUCUGGAGAAGGUGUCCGGUACGACUAGACGAAAAAAGAUGGAUGAAGAAGAGCAACAAGAAGAUAAAGAUGAGAGCUAUUUAUUCAAGAAUAAUGAAAAUAUUAUGGUAUAGCAAGAAGUACAGUACCUAAAGAAGCUAUUAAGACCAAGGGACAAAAUAAUUUUGAAUAAAGAGAACUAUGUCAAUCAAUUGGUUAACGAGAAUAGACGUUUACAGAAGCAUUAUGAGUGGAUCAUUAGAAGAAUGGUGGAUCAAGAGACUUUAAUCACUUCCUUGGAGA